AUUCCUGUAUGUGUGUGUGUGUGUGUGUAUUGAGUGGGAAUUGCUAGAACAACACAAUCCAACACUGUGGAUAUUUAGCUAUUCUGAACGAAAUGUGUUGAUAGUAGUUGUAGCACUGACAUCCUGAGCUACUACAAGUUCAUAACAAUACUCAUUUUCCCUGUUAUUUCACCUAGGUAUUGCUAUACCUGCCAGACGCAUGUUCCCCCAAGAUGCAAUCAUUGCUACAACUGCAAUGUCUGUGUCCUUCGACGUGACCAUCACUGUGCUCUUCUUGGACAGUGUGUAGGGCAUUCAAACUAUCGCUAUUUUUUUUGUACCCUGUUUCAUGGCUGGUUGGCUCUGCUUCUUGCGACCGUUCUUAAUGCUGAGAUAUUUAUGGAACUACUCAAUGAAGGCAUCAGCUUCCACAGCUUUUUCCUGCUUCUGAUGCCUUGGAUGAUGCUAGUCACAGGUAUGUGUAUUUUAUUCAUAAAACCUAUAUGGCUAUGAUAAAUGAAAAAUAGAUAAUUUCCUAAAAUAUUAUAGUUUGGUAAACCAGGGUGCCAUGGUGAUACCGAUUGGGACCUGAAAUAGAGCAUUUAUUUCUGUCCUGAUGAGGAAAAAAACAAAACACUUCCUAUGGCCUGUUCCACAAAGACUGUUAGUGAGCAAAAGCUGUCUCUGCGUUUUGAAACAGCAGGGACAGCUUCUGAGAUCCCCACCUGUAUAGUAUAUUGACUCACAAUGCUGGGAGAAUGGAACUUUAUAUCACCUUCUCUAAGCACUAUGAGUAUAAAUGCUGUCUGGGAGAGCAAGGGGAUCCCAGUAGCUGCCUUUGCUAUUGCAGCACACAGAGACAUCUUGUUAGAUAUCAUGGACAGAAUGUUGUAUAUUCCUAUCUUCUCUUCGUACUCACUACUGACAAAGUGAACCGCUUGGGAAGACAAAUCAGAAUUAUUUUAAUUUUUUUUUCUUUUUUUUUCAAUUUGAAAUUUUAUUUUCAUAAAGACAAGGAAAUGGUGUACAGAAGAGAAGGGGGAGCUUCAAACGUACAUAGUGGGGUUGUACAAUCUUUGCUAUACAUGUAAUGACAUAUAACUUUAAUCAAGGGGGGGGAACAGAAAGGAAGGAGGGGGGGGUGACACCCUUGACACAACCUAACAUUUCUCACUUAGUAUUUACACUGAUAUUGUGGUGUUUCAGUGGGUGGUGCGCGUGGGAGGGGCUCCUGGUGGUCGGGGAGUUCGCUCAUGUAGCUACGUAUGGUGUCGUUGUACUGAAUUUUGUGAGGUCGGUUUGUUACAAUAUUGUUCAAAGUCCCCUAUCUCCGGAGGGGGGGAGGGUGUCGCCGCUGAGCAGGGUGUCUGUAUUGUGUUAUGAGGUUAUGAGGUUAGAGAGGGGGGGGGGCAGGAAAGUGGGGGGUUCCAGUGUAUUGGAGGGCAGGUGAUAGGUGGAAGGGGGUAGCAGCGUGGUACCGGUUUGCGGCUGCUGGUGGGUCCUAAGGUCACGACCUCUAUGUUACAGGAUAGUCUGGUAAGUGUGUCGGGAGAUCGGUGCUGGUUUAAAGGGUGUUGUCCUUUUGGCAGCCAGUGCUGUGGCUUCUCUGUGGGCCUAUGAAGAACUGUGUUGGUGUUGUGUGAGUUGUUGUGUGUAGUUUCGCCAUAUCGUGGCGGUGUAGGGGCUUAGUUUCCUGAUUUUUGCCUGCUUCCACAUGAUGAGUUCGUACUCCAUUGCCAGUGUCACUUCUAUUUCAACUUCUCAGAUGGAGGGCAAGUCCGCUGUUUUCCAUUUUCUGGCUAUUAAUAUGGACACCGUGCCCAGGAUGAGGUAUAUCAAUUUCUUGAUCGGUUUUGGAAAGUCGUCUGGAAGCAAUCGGAGUAGCAUUGUUUUAGGGUCAAGAGCUAAUUGGAGAUUUGUGACAUUCCUUAUAAGUCGGGCUGUAGCUUUCCAUAGAUCUUGCACACUGUCGCAUGUCCACCACAUAUGUAUCAUAGUUCCCUUAGUAGCGUGGCAGCGCCAGCAUAGGUCUGGAGUGUCGGGGAAUAUGGUGUGCAGUCGGGUCGGUACCAUGUACCAUCGGUAUAAGAUUUUCCUGGAUGCUUCCAGGUGUGCUGUACUUGUUGUCAGCCCUACAUGAGAAGUGAAAAUCUUUUCCCAGUCUUUUGGGGAUAUUGUGACUUGGAGGUCUGUCUGCCAGUCCUGCAUGAACUUCCAUGUGACGUUGUUUUUAGGGUUGGCAAGGUAGUCGUAACAGGUGGAGACCGUUUUCUUCGGGGGGUCUAGGGAGAGGCAUUGCGCUUCAAAUUUCGUUAUGGAUGAUCUCAGUGAGUGUUCCAUAUCUGUGAUUACGUUGUGGGUUAUCAGUGCUUUGAUUUGUAGAUAAGCGAAUGUGUAGUUUGGGGGUAGGGCAAAUUCGUUCUGUAGGUCUGGGAACGUUUUGAGACCCUCCUUGGUGCACAGUUGGUAGACAUGUGUAAUUCCUUUUUCUUCCCACUUGUGAUGUGGGAAUGUGCCAUUGCAUUGGUGCAGGGUCCGGAUUGGAGUUGCCAGGGCCCACGGGUGUGCUGAGCACAAUAGGUCCCUGUAGGUGUCCCAUAUUGUAAGGAGGCGUUUGGUGGUGUUCAGCAUGGUUGUAGGUUUCUGUCUUAAGUGCCGGGGUAUCCAGAGCAUUGUUGGCAGGUCCUGGUUCCCAGUAUAAUUAUUCUCUAUCACUACCCAUUGGGGGUUGUAUGUGGCCGAGUGGGCGCUGAUCACAUUCGUAAGGAUGACGGAGUGAUAAUACGCUUUGAUAUUAGGAAAGCCCAUUCCCCCAUGUUUCGCAUUCCUCAGCAGUAGUGAUUUGGGGACUCAACGGUGUUUGCCGCCCCAGCUGAAUCUGAGGAGGGUGGCCUGUAGUUUUGUGAGAUAGCUUUGUGGGAUUUUGAUUUGUAGCGUCCGGAAGAGAUGUAGAAUUGUCAUUUUCAAUGCCGCUAUUCUUCCAACCCAUGAUAGGUAUAGGCCCUUCCAUGUUUGCAGUUGGGUGUCUAUAUCUUUGUGCAGUUUUGCGUAGUUGGUAGGAAAUAGCUCAUUUUCUCUGUGGGUUAUUUUGACACCCAGGUACACCAGAUAGUCUUCCCUCCAGUCAAAGCAAUGGCCGGAUUUCAGGAGUGUUUCUAUGUGUUUUGGUGUGUUGAGGCACAUUGCUUGUGUUUUAGCCACGUUGAGCUUGUAAUAAGACUGUUGGCUGUAUGCGUGUAUUUCUUUGUGCAAGGAGGGGAGUGUUAUGAGUGGCUGUGUGAGUGUGAGGAGGAUAUCAUCGGCGAAUAAGCUUAGUUUGUAUUCUGUCUGGCCUACUGGUACACCACGGAUGGAAUCAUUGGACCGAAUUGCUAUUGCCAAGGGUUCCAAGGCUAACACAUAAAGGAGAGGGGAGAAUGGGCAUCCUUGUCGGGUUCCAUUUGUAAUGGGGAAGGCCUGUGAGCUAAAUCCCGAGGUGAGUACCGUCGCCCUGGGGUCACUGUACAGGGCUCUGACUGCAGAGAGGAAGGGGGCUGGGAAGCCGUAAGCCUGUAGGGUUUCCUGAAGGAAUUGCCAGUUCAGGUGAUCGAACGCCUUCUCGGCAUCUAGGGAUAGCAUAACACUCGGUUGUUUGGUGUUUUUUAAUAUUUUGUAUAGGUCCAGUACUUUCCUGGUGUUGUCAGAAUUAUUUGAAUUUUAAGUAGCAGUAUAUGUGUGUUUGUGUCUAGAUAUAUCAUGCUUAGACCGACCAUUUAAUGGACCUGACAUCUAUAGAGGCACUUACAUAUAAGCAAUUUAAAAAAUAUUACAUUCUUCCCCAAAAUGUUGCCACAAGUUAAUAAAAAUAAUUUCCUGUACAUGGUCUACCUGAAAGUAACAUCUUAUCAUAGUGAGACUUGAAAUGUGUAGAAAGAUGUUGGGUAUUGUACAGCUUGUCAUACAUUAGCAGUGCACUGGGUCUUCUUAAUACUCAUAUUCAUGUUUCGGACAUUCUCUGUUCUAUAAGAAAGGCGAAGCAGGUAAAAUGGGCUGUCACUUAAGGCAUGUGAAUGGCUCCGACACGCCAAGUAAUAAACUUCAUAUGUUGCUUCUCUCAAAGAAAUAAAAUAUCCUUGACUGUACAUUUAGUUGCACAUAAAUCCUGCAAAGCCGAUAUUUUUUUUGUUUUUGUUUGUUUUUUACCAAAACAUUACCUGUCUAUGGGGAUGUUUUUAUGAAUUCAUCAAUUCAUUUCAAUAAAUAAUGUUAUGGUAUGAUUCUGACUUUUUCAAUGUUAUUCACUUAUAGUGAGAAUUCAAGGUUAAUUCAAAAUGCAUUUCAAAUUUAAGGUGAAAAUAGCUCCAAGAAUACGUUCUGUCCGUUAUGCUUUCAGUACAGCUAUUCUUUGAAAUUCACUUUGCAUUCUUACUUUAGAAAAAAACUAAACGGUUUGUGUGUGUAUAUAAAAUCAUGGAAUAUUAAAAUGAUGUGUAGUCACAAUGCAAACGUUUUAUUGUUACCACUAAAGGAUGGGGUCCAUACAAUCGUUAACAGUUUUUUCUUCAUUUUAGGUCAAGUCACUCCGUCAACCUUCAUUUUUGCAUUUGUGGCCGACACUUGUGUUGUGGGCUUUCUCUUCUGUUUUGCUUUUCUCGUCUUACAUUGUUCUCUUCUACAUUCUGGAGCUACAACCAAAGAAUGGUUUGGUGGUCAUGCACGUGCUUAUGACCAUGGCUGGAAGACGAAUGUCAGAAACUUUUUGGGAGAGCGGUGGUACCUUAUCUGGGUUUCUCCUUGGAUAGAAUCACAGUUAAUUGGUGAUGGGAUUCAUUUUACAGCUAGAAACAUUGUUCAACCCAAGUCAUCUCAUCUUUAACUGUCAUGUAUGGGAUAACAAGACAUCCCAUUUAUAAAAUGGUAAGUGAACUAGUUUCUCUAAUGCCAUUGGCCCCAUACUCCUACAAAGGCUGGCAAAUGGAACAAUUGUUGCCCUGAGCCACUAGCACGGGAGGGCUGACAAGAGGAGCAUUGGCUGCAGCCUCACACCCUUCUUGUGCAGUUUAAAAUAGCAAAUUUCAGAUUUCAGAAAUUUCAGAUUAAUAAUAGUUUUGACUUUGCUGGCACAGGGAAUGUUUGUAAAGCAUGCAGAGACCUCUGCAAGUGAUCUUUCACUCUACGUAGGUCAUAUUGAUUGAGGUUGCAGGAAUUUAUGAUGUCAGAACCUGCAACUUAAAGGACCGCUAUAGGCACCCAGACCACUUCAGCUCAAUGAAGUGGUCUGGGUGCCAGGUCCAUCUAGGAUUAACCCUGCCUGCUGUAAACAUAGCAGUUUCAGAGAAACUGCUAUGUUUACAUAUGGGUUAAUCCAGCCUCUAGUGGCUGUCUCAUUGACAGGCGCUUCCACGCUUCUCACUGUGAUUUUCACAGUGAGAAGAUGCCAGCGUCCAUAGGAAAGCAUUGAGAAUGCUUUCCCAUGGAGUGGCUGAAUGCGCGCGCAGCUCUUGUCGCGCAUGCGCAUUCAGCCGAUAACGUCAGAAGGAGGAGGAGAGUCCCCAGCACCAAGGGAGCCCGGCGCUGGAGAAAGGUGAGUGUUUAACCCCCUUCCUCCCUCUUCAGCCUGGCGGGAGUGGGACCGUGAGGGUGGGGGCACCCUCAGGGCAUUAUAGUGCCAGGAAAACGAGUUUGUUUUCCUGGCACAAUAGGGGUCCUUUAAUUUGUCAUUUUCAUAUGUUGUGUGUUUCGUAUGAGAUCUGAGUCUCAAGACCAUUCGGUCUCUGAAUCUCAAGACCAUUGCCAGCUAUCCUCUGCCAUACAUAUUGUUUAUAAUAUAAGGUAGCAUGGGCAAUAAAAAAAAAAAAAUGUCAAGUUGGCUUCCAAAUAGAUCUGUAUCUUUUUUUUGUUGUCCUGCAGAACAGACUUCCUAGUUAAUGGAGAUAUGCACAUGUCCCAGAGAUAAGACCAUCAUAUCAUACUUAAAAAUGUAUACUUUCUUCUUUUUCAGAUUUUGAUUGAAAAUCCGCAGCUGAGAAUUUGUUUUUGGGGACAUCCAUUAGACAGCUGUAUAUAAGUUAAAUAUUGUUUCAUAUGUACAGAAAUAUGGUACUCUAUUGUGUGUCUGUGUGCAUACAUACUAUAAAUAAGGAGUAAACUUUUUUAUAUAAUCCUUCCAAAGAAUGUCUUAAUUCAUGCCUUCCAAACAGAAUACACAUUUCACUUUUAUUUAGAUAGAUAUUUGGCACUUUGAAUUGAAAGAGGCUGUUCAGUCUGCUUGGCAAAACCUUUUGAUCAACACAGUUGCACAUUAUCACAAUGAUUUUUUUUUAAAUGUUUAUAUUUCCAAGCAGAAAUGACAAAAAUCACAUCUGUCAUUGAAAGGAACACUCCACUCACCCUGAUCACUGCAGCUCAAAUGGUUUGACAACUUAUCUGGAGUUUGCCUACGCCAUAUCUGCCUUCCUUGGAGCUGAAAGCUCCUGCAAAGAGCUUCAUAUAGCUCUCCUGAGCUAAACCCUGGAAUACAAGGCAUCAGCUGAAAGCUCUCAGCCAAUGAGUGCGGCCUUGCACCACUGGGAAGAAACUUCCAACCUCAGAGGAAGCAGUAGCAAUUUCUUAGCAGACUCCAGGCAUGUUGGCAAAAUGUUGUUACGGCACAUUGCCCAAAUUAAAAAAAUAAAUAUAUAUAUCAUUAUUUAGCAAGUGUACCCCUAGUGAAAAUAUGUAAACACAAAGAGGAAACUGAUGGUGAAGUACGUAAAGAAUAGAGUAAGGUGAGUGUAAAUAAAAUUAUAUGCAUUCACACUUUAUAGGAGUUUAGGUACAGCUCCAACGUCUAAGUUACCCUAACUUUCUUUUUUUAUUUGAUGUAUAUCUAAAAACAACUUUCAAAAGAUACAGAUCUCAUGUCUGCGACCUUCUGUCCAAUCACCGACUUCUUAAUGCAGCUCAAUGAGAAGUCUAUACAAGGCAGUUUAGUUCUAGUGAGACAAACAACCAGGAAGUAACAGGACCGAUUGUCUGACAGCCAGGGGAGUGUAACAAUGUUAACCCCUUAAUGACAGCGGGCAUGCUAUGCCGUCCGCUUUAAAAGCCAGCGGGCGGCAUAGCACGUCCACGCUGUCCAGGGGACUUACCUGCAUUUUUCACACACAAAUGGCACUAACACUGACAAUAUAAUUAUUAUACGGUUUUGACACACUGAUAUUUGUGUUCAGCAAAGUCUUCUGAGUAUAACAGUACCCCUCAUGUACAGGUUUUAUGGUGUUUUCAAAAGUUACAGAGUCAAAUAUAAGGCUUGUGUUUCAGUUUUUUUCACAUUGAAAUUCGCCUGAUUGGUUAUGUUGCCUUUGAGACCAUAUGGUAGCCCAGGAAUGAGAAUUACCCCCAUGAUGGCAUACCAUUUACAAUAGUAGACAACUAAAGGUAUUGCAAAUGGGGCAUGUCCAGUCUUUUUUAGUAGCCAUUUAGUCACAAACACUGGCCAAAAUUGGAGUUCAAUUUAGUGUUUUUGCAUUUUUCACACACAAACAAAUAACGCUAUCUUUGGCCAGUGUUUAUGCUGAAGACACACUUUUCACACAUAAAGCCCCUUUAGCAUGCUAAAGUGUUUUAAGUGUUUGAAGUAUUCCUUUAAGCAGUUUGACUAUUCAUGUGGGAUGGCAAUAGUACAUUAUUGGCACCAUAACCACUACAGUAGUGUAUUAUGUAGCUUGAAGUGUUCAUUAAACAUCUGUGUGCACUUUGGGGGGGUAUCUUUGAUGCCAAUAUUUUGCAUGUAAGAUAAAUGCUAAACUGUUUUGGAAUGAAUAUGUUACCAACUAGUGUCCCUGGUGUUUAUAAGCUGUCAGCUAUGUUUUCAGUUCAGCUGUUUGGCUCUAGUAUGAUGUGAUGCUAUCUAUAAAUUAAACAUUAUAAAUCCACCGUAUUUGUACACCAGCGGUGAGGACAAUCUUGAGUGCUGGCUAUUCUUAGCUGUUUUUCAGAAGCUGUCAAACUGCAUCCUGCAGAUUAAGAACAAUGCAGGGAGUUCAGGACAGGGAGGUAAUUUAUUUAGAAGUCUUACCAUAGGCAUCACUGAACUCUGCAAUCUAUGACUGCAUUCCUAUUUUUUUCCCCAGAAGACAUUAACAGUUUUUUUUCAAGGGAAAAUAGCCUGCCAGAGGCUUCUCAAUGGAAAGCCUCUGGAACUAUCAUCUGUGCACACUC